CCACGAAAACGUCAUACUCCCGUCGUUCUUUUGUUCUCAACGCCAUAUUGAUUUGGGCACGGUGUUGCUUCGCGUGGUGCUGUUAGUUCAGUUUCUCUGGCCGGUUUCACGGGAAUAUUACGUAUAUUGACUAGUACUGCGACUUAUUCGCUCAUUGAAAUUGCGGCGUUCGCGUUACAGUAGGAACACAUUUGAAAAUUCAGCAUGCCAGAGUUAACAGAGCUUGAAAAGGCAUCGUCCUCAACAACAGAGGCGCGGACGGAAGCAGCUGCAGCCGGUUCGGGAACCGAAUCCGACUCGGACGAUACAAUCCCUGAGCUUGAAGAAACUGGUGAGAGUACAGCUAGCAAUGCUUUUCCGAGUGCAGCGUCUGGUAUACCUGUGGACGCCAUCAGCAAAGAAAAGCAAAGUCGUGCUGAGAAGAAGGCGCGCAAGAUAAUGUCGAAGCUUGGCUUGAAGCCGGUUCAGGGAGUUAGUAGAGUUACCAUUAGAAAAUCAAAGAAUAUUCUCUUUGUAAUAAGUAAACCUGAUGUUUUCAAGAAUCCGGCAUCCGAUACAUACAUUGUGUUUGGCGAAGCAAGGAUCGAAGAUUUGAGUCAGCAAGCACAAAUGGCAGCUGCAGAAAAGUUUAAGGCAGCAGACGUGUCGGGUGCUGCUGCAGCUGUUGGAGGAACUGCAGUUGUCUCUCCCAUACAGGAAGAAUCUGAGGAAGAAGAUACUGAUGAGACUGGUGUCGAAGAGAAAGAUGUAGAAUUGGUCAUGUCACAAGCUAAUGUUAGCCGUGGCAGGGCCAUCAGAGCCCUUAAAAACAACAACAAUGAUAUUGUGAAUGCAAUUAUGGAACUAACAAUGUGAAUAUAAUACUUCGUUAUUGUUUUUGGCAUAAAUGUGUUUUACAAUCCUUCAAGCUGAAGGAUUUUCUCCUUGGCUGAUAAUGUGCACUGCUCUGUUUGUAAAUUACAGUGAUAAGUGUUGUUAUUGGCGCCUGCCUGGACAAAUCUCCUAAAAAGGCACAACAAAUGAACUUUCCUCAUUUUGUGCGCUCUGUUGUUAUGAUUGCAAGAAUUCUGAUUUAUUAAUUUUGAGGUAUACGAAGUGUGCCAAUGUGUUCCCAUUAAAGUAUUUAAUUCACGAAAAAGUUUUUGUUACUUUCAUCUAAAGCCCUACAGUCAUAAUGUUAGUAGUGUGAAGCAAACCCUCUAGUAAAUGUGUGUGCUGAACAGUGCAGAGCUUGUAAGAGAAACGCAACUUUGAGAAAUGUGGGUUAUGCUAUUUGUUACAAAUUGUUUACUUAGAAACAUACUCUCCUCAGAUAUGUGACAUCUUGUCAUCUACUGCUUUUUAUCCUUAAAAUUGUUCAUACAUUAUGCAGCUUCUAUAGGAUGGUAAGUAAAUGAUUCUACAGCCUGUGUGUUUACUGCUGUGUAAACUGCAAUGUUAAUCAGCACCACUGAGUAAAAGUUUAAUUUUGCCAUGAAAUAGUUGUCAUUGUAGUAUGUUGUAUUUGAUAAACAUUGAGAAAAGGUUGUGCAGCAGUUGUCAGUGACUAGACUGAAUUGCUAUACAUAUUCCUGCUGUUUGAAUUAAUGUGAACAACUAUUAUUAUCAGUGGUUCAUUGGCAUAUUAUGUUUACAUUAUUUAUGUGAAUAUGCUAGUUGGUUCUCUGAUAUAUGGAAUAGAAGUGUUGACAGUCCCGA